UUAUCAGGGUGUUGGACUUUCUACUUUAAAGAGCUGUCUACUUUAAACCUCUGUGAUGCUCUGAGGAAUCUGUGCUUAUUUGAGAGAAUGAUUAUAUCCACAGAGCUCGUCUUAGAAUAGUUAACUGCUGCCGCCUGACUUAUAGGCACUGGCCUUGAAGGAGACCUAGAUGCUUUUUGCCAUUCUGACGCUGAAUGAUGAGACAGGCAACCAUGGAUUUCAGCACUCCAUCUGUGUUUGAUCAGCAAAAAGGUGAUUCAUCUGAAGAAGUUGACCUCACCAUGGUUUAUCAGGCAGCAUCUAACGGAGAUGUCAAUGCUCUCACUGCCGUGAUUCGGGAAGACCCGUCCAUCCUAGAAUGCUGUGACAGUGAAGGAUGUACACCCUUAAUGCAUGCGGUUUCUGGACGUCAAGUGGACACAGUGAAGCUGCUGUUGAAGAUGGGAGCCAACAUUAACAUGCAGGACACUUACGGCCGCACAAGUCUAUGCCUGGCAACCUAUCUGGGUUGGCUGGAAGGCUGUGUGAGUCUACUCAGAAAUGGUGCCAAGCACAAUAUCCCAGAUAAAAAUGGCCGUCUGCCCCUGCAUGCUGCCACUGCUGAGCCCGAUGUGAGGCUCCUAACAGUCUUGGUACAACAGUCAAAUCUCAGUGAGAUUAAUCACCAGGACAAUGAGGGAAUGACACCACUCCACUGGGCAGCUUUCCACAACCGGCCUCAACAUACCCAAAUGCUGCUGAAGAAGGGGGCAGACCCCACCCUUGUGGAUAAAGACUUUAAGACGGCUCUGCACUGGGCAGUCCAGAGUGGAAAUAGAAUUCUGUGUUCCAUCAUUCUGGGCCAUCACCAGGGUCCAUCCAUCAUCAACUAUGACGAUGAGAGUGGGAAGACAUGCGUGCACAUUGCCGCAGCAGCAGGUUUCAGCGACAUUAUCAACGAUCUGGCAAGAGUCCCUGAAUGCAACCUGCAGGCUCUGGAUGUGGACGACAGGACACCUCUGCACUGGGCUGCAGCUGCAGGGAAGGCAGACUGUGUGCAGUCGCUGCUGGAGCUGGGCAUGGACAGCAACCUGCGAGACAUCAAUGAGAGCACGCCCCUGGCCUACGCCCUGUACUGCGGCCACACAGCCUGUGUCAAGCUCCUCUCCCAAGAGAGCAGAGCAGAGCCGACUCAACCCCUUCCUUCCAAGGACAGUAGACCCCAGAAGAAGGAGGGACGAUUCAGCAUGCUCAAUCAAAUCUUUGGCAAGAACAAAAAAGAAGAGCAGAGGGCCUAUCAAAAGGAUCACAGCGGGGACUGGCACAGGGGGGAGCAUGCCUCGGAAGUCGAUGACAUCAUCACCACCUUUGACAGCAACGUGGAUACCAACUGCCAGGAACAGCCUGGUGAUCAGGUGGCUAUGGUUGACUUCAAGAAGAGGACCUCAGAAAAUUCACAAUAUCACUUGCCCGAAAAAAAGCCUCUGGCCCGUAAAGGGCUUCCACCAAUCAGAACACAGAGUCUCCCACCCAUCACCCUGGGCCAUAACUUCCUGACAGCCUCCCAGGGGGCCACUUCCCAUGCUGGCCUGAGCCCUGGUAUUCAUAACACAGCCCAGCGAUCUCAGAAAAGCCGAAGUGAGCAGGAUUUAUUGAAUAACAGAACUGGCUGCCAGGUAUUGCUAGAUAACCCUUGGAAAGGUGACUCUAACCCAGUGUUCUGUAAAGCUUGGACUGUGUCUUCUUCUGAUAUGCUGUUAGACAGGUUACUCACCAGCAGAUCCGGUCACCAGGAGGUGUCAGGGCCACCACAUCUUCCUCAUCUACAUAAUCCAUCAUCAGGACAAAAUUUUCAGCAUCUCUCUCCAAAGAGACCCAAAAUCAGGGAUCUUCCUUUUACCCGGAACAACUUAGCUCCCCUACCAGACCAAAAAUUUCUAUCUGGAGAACCUCUUCGGACAAACCGAGUCCUUCCUGCUAUUCCAAGUCAGCGAGGACACAGCCCACCAACUGAAGAGAGCGAAAACUCCGCCAAUCCCACCAAUGAUAAAAAUUAACUGUGGGUCACUGACUGUAAAAAAUAUAGAUUAUAUAUAUUUUCAAUUGUCAAAGAAUAAGAUUACUUUAGUUGGUAAAACAAAGACUAAUUUAGUAAAUUGCAUUCUAUAAGCCAUUCAUGGUUUUAUAACUCAAAAUUCUUUAUUCCAAAUAAGCACUUAGAAUCUUUGACUGUGUGUAUAUUAUAAGUCUGUGAGUUUCUGUGACCUCUACAUGCCAAAAUAAAAAUUCACAAUAUGUUAUCAGCAGGGAACCUUAGCUAUGUUUGGUUUGCUGUGUGGCAUGUUUUGACUUUAUUUAAUGAUU